AUGGAAUUAGUUGAAGAGAUGGGUGAAAAAAGAGUUGUGGUCGACAAAGCUUAUCUCUACGAAGAAGACAAACCACUCACCGUCUGCAAAACAUCUCUCUUCUACACCGGCGAUGGCUUCGCCGCCUACGACUGUCACGGCGAUAUCAUCUUUAGGGUUGAUUCGUAUGGACCCGACACAAGAGAUAACGACGAGUUUGUCCUCAUGGACGCCACCGGAAAGUGUCUCCUCACGGUUAAAAGAAAGAGACCGACUCUGCACCAAAGAUGGGAAGGUUUUCUCGGGGAGAGAUCAGAUGGUCAGAAACCAAUCUUCAGUGUCCGAAGAUCAUCAAUAAUCGGACGGUGCACGAUGGAAAUAGAAGUUUACGAUGAAACGGGAGAAGAGUACACCAUAGAUGGUGACUUCUCGCAACGAAACUGUCUCAUAUACGACACAAAGAAACGAACUGUGGCUGAGAUAAAACGCAAAGUGGACUUGUCAAUGAACGUGAUGCUUGGACGAGAUGUGUUCACCCUCGAGAUCAAACCUGGUUUUGACGGCGCUUUCGCGAUGGGUUUGGUCCUUGUUCUUGACCAGAUCAACGGUGAUGAUCCAGUUGAGAUUGGUGAUGAACAGGUGCACCCUUUUGUGGAGGACUAGUCUCUGAUCUUUGGAUUUGGACAUUAGAGGCUGUUUGUGUAUCAAUGUGUGUAAAAACAAAAGUUGCCACGUUACAUAAUAUAAAGUCUGUCUUGGGAAAUUAUAUAUGUAAUGUUUUUACAAGUUUAUUUUGUUUACUUUUAAAUUAUAUGUAUAUCAGAAAAAUGUUUUAAAUUUUGAUUUGUAGAUCUAGACUCAUACGUCGACCGAAUUAAAUGUGUUGUAAGAAAGAACAGUUUGAUCAUACGUUAUAAAUUACACUAUGC